CGGAACAGUUUUCAGUUAACAGUCGAGCGGUGAACAUGAACCCGGUUUUGGGUAACCCCGGCAACCGUUAGAACCGACAAAAGUAUUUUCCAACCGUCAACAGGCCGCGAGUUGCCAAGUUUUGAGUGUUAUAAAUAAUACGAGUACCUGCUACGCAAAUAUCUAGUUUCCGUUUUCAAGUACUGGAUUAGCAAAGAUGGCCUGUUCGACAAACGUUUUGAAGGGAUUUUCCCUCCUCUGGGAUAUUAUCUAUGCUCUGUUCGGCCUGGUUGUGAUUGGCCUUGGAGUGCACAUCAUCUACAAAUUCGAGCACUUCAACACCGCCGCCUUCGUCAUCAUCGGCGUGGGCGUGGUCGUCGUUCUGACCGCGAUCUUCGGAGCCCUGGGAGCAGCACGUGAAAGCAGCACAGCAUCCAAAGUGUUUGUGGUUAUCCUGGUUAUCCUGAUCGUUCUUGAAGUUAUUGUAGUGGGUUUCCUUUGGGCGUUCCAAACCUCACUGCUGAUAAACGUGGACAAAAAAUUCGACCAGCUGUGGAACGAUCAGCCCGUGCCCAUUAAGCCAGGAAAUCAGAGUCAGAUCGCCAGCCUUGAGAGAUGGUUGGACUGCUGCGGUAAUGUGGGAUUCACGGACUAUGUACUGCCGCCCAAUAGUUGCUACAACAGCGAAAGUGACAAACUGAAUGUGGAGGGCUGCCGGCAAAAGUUCCUGGACUUCAUCGCCGAUCGCUGGACGACAUUCAACUUUGGCGCCCUAGUGCUAGUUGCUGUGGAGAUCAUUUGCGCCCUGUUGGCCUACGUCUUGGCCAACAGCAUUGUGAACCGCUGGCGACGCUCGAAGUACUAUGCAAAAUAGGUCAAUGUACAAUUUUUGAAGUUAUUGCAUUUCAAAACCGAAAUCAAGUCUUAGCUGCGCAUACUUAAGGCCAAAGAACUCUCCAUACAAAUACUUAGAUCGAAAACUCAAUAGAGAUUCCAGAACAAAUUUACAUAAGCAAAGUUAACCGAGGAAAGUGCUUCGAUGGUAUUCUAUUUAUCAGUUUGCAACGGAACACAAACCGUUUACGAGGUAAUUUAAUCUACUUAAGUUCUACUAAGCUCGACUUAAGCAACUAUUUUUUGUAACAGCAUUUCGAGAAGCCAAGCCAAAAUAAAGAAUCGUUCGUA